AUGAGAUCCUAUUGUGCUAGAACCCACUGGACUGAACUGAGUGAUGCACCACCAAUUCAAGGGAUUGUCGUGACGGGCCGCUUCGAGACUGCAAGCUUUGUGAUUGCAAGCUUUGCGACUGAAGACUUUGCGACUGAAUGCUCUGAGAUUGUAGGCUUUGCGAAGGAUGUGCUGAAGGCAAACCCUGCGACUGCAGACUCUGAGAUUGUAGGCUUUGCGAAGGAUGUGCUGAAGGCAAACCCUGCGACUGAAGACUCUGAGACUGCAGGCUAUUCGAAGGAUGCCCCGAAGGAGAACCCUGCGACUGCAGACUCUGAGACUGUAGGCUUUGUGAAGGAUGUACUGAAGGCAAACCCUGCGACUGUAGACUCUGAGACUGCAGGCUUUACUCUGAGACUGCAGGCUAUUCGAAGGAUGCCCCGAAGGAGAACCCUGCGACUGCAGACUUUGGGUGUGCGCAUGGCCGGACGCUAG